AUGGCUGAGGCGCUGGAGUUGCUGCGCUUUAUGGCUCUUUCAGCGGCCGUCCAUGCUGACGCCGUGCAAUGCCUGGUCGAUGACACCCGCAGUGUCUUGUCGCAGAUGGCGCUGGACCAGGAGCGUCUCGAUACUCUCGAGGGGCAACUAUCCACACUACUAGAAGAGCAACGGCGACUUCAUGCCAUGCGUGAUGUUGUGAGCCGUUCAAGGAGUCUGCGGAGAGGUGAAGACAUGCUACCUAAAGGAGGAGGCGGCAGCAACAAGAGAAAAUGUCAGGCGGCAGCAUCAGUAGUGAGGUCAAAGUCGGGCUCCGCAGAAGUUCCUCCUCGCGCCACCACCCUUUCUAAUAUUGAGGAUGUUUUGCGUUUUGCGUCUAGUGCUGUGCCGGAGGAAGAUGUUCCGUUUUCAGAAACAGGGCGGCAUGGAGGAGUAGUCGGCAUUGCCGCAUCUUCUGCAGAAAAAAGAGCGGAGGAGUGUGGCACCGUAGAGGGGCAUUCAAUUGAUGAGGAAGUUGAACGCGUUAAAUCGGAGAUCCGACUCCUGGAAGGAAUGUCAAUCAAGGCAAAGUUGCGCGAGCUGGAGGCACUUAAGCAGGCGGUCAAGGAUAUAGAUGUAAACUCCAUCGCCGAGCGACAUGUGGGGAAAUUUCGCUUCCCCCAUGAGGUGGAAGCGCUGUGGGAUACCAAGCAAGUCGUGAACCGCACGAAUAUCGACCUCUUCAUUGCACGUGCAUGCCAGCGUCUCUCCAGCCGCUACGAAGACGCACUGGAUGCUAUUGCGGACUUCCCGAUGUGCGAGAGAAGUGACACCACCCGUGUGUUGGGCUCGGCUCUCUACGCCGAGGCGCUAACGUCGGCUCAUAACUACGAUGCUGCCGCAGUGCAGGCUCUGCAGAAUCUGGCGCGCGAAUCGCUGGUGUUAUUCUACCGCGCAAAGCGGCGUCACGCCACGGUGGGCGCGGCAGUGCGGCCGCGGCGCGCCGAUACGGUUCUGGGGCCGGCGGAGUCUGGAUUCCUGCCGAGGGACUGGUGGAGCGCGCAGGUGCUGCGACCCCCCGUCGAUGUGCACCUGCCGCCAGCACGGCACAUUCUUACUGCACGAUUCUCCUUUGUAGAUGCCGAGGAACUCAAGUCCCUCGAGACGCUGCGGGUUGAGUUUCAGCGCGAGGUGCUGGACGCGUUCAUUCGGCUGCCGAAGGCGCUGAGCGAGGUUUGGCAGCACUGUCACACCCCGAUCCACAAGCACGAACAGUUGCAGGAGGAACAGGACAUCAGUGCUUCCUUGGUUCGCUUGCUAGCAGGGAAAGAGGAGGACAAGGGUGUUUGGACGACGAUAGCGCGCAGUACUUUUGAGAGUUGA